AUGUUCAACCCAUUCGAUAUGGCCCAAGGCGGCAACGGCGGCGGCGGCGACGAGAAAACAUUUCUAGGAGAGAAUCAACCACACAUACCAACGACAGGCGCAUUACGCUACUCGGAUGACACUGAAUUCAACGAUGCACUGCGAGCACAGGGAAUUAUACCACAGAAACCACCUUCGAGACCAUCCACUCCAGAGGGUCUGGACAUUGACUACUCCCAGAUCAGAAACGCUGGUCUCUCACUUGCUACAGAGGACACUCUCGCUGAGGCGGCGGAGGAGGCUGAUGACAGCGACGAUGAGCGUGUCCUUCUUUCCUACCGCAAAAAAAGGAUAGAGGAGAUGCAGAAGCUCGAAAGCACUGCUAAAUUUGGCAGAAUGUAUCCAAUUGCGAGACCAGACUACACACGCGAGGUGACAGACGCGAGCAAGGAACACACAGACCCUCAAUUCAACCCUCAUGAUGAUAGUAUAGAGAAUCUCAAGCGUGGUGGAACAAGUGUAAUAUGUUUCCUCUACUCAGAAGCCAUCGAAGAGAGUAGAAUCAUUGGACAGCACCUCCACUCGCUUGCCACUGAAUACCCGCAUACGAAAUUCGUCUCCAUCGUUGGCAGUCAGUGUAUAGCAGGCUAUCCAGAGCGUAAUUGCCCUACACUGCUAUUUUACAGACGCGGGACGCUUAUGAAGCAGAUAGUGGGUGCCAAUGAUGCUGCUAUUGGGUUGCACGGGAAGCAGACGACCAAGAAAGAUGUGGAGAACCUCCUCCUCGCGCUGGAUGCAGUCAAGUUGAAGCCAGUAAACACAAAUGCACACGACUUUGCAAAGAAGGAGGAACAGGAUCACGACGGCGAUUAUGAUAGCAAGCCAAACCAUAUCAGACAGGGGCAGAAUGCACAGGAGGAUAGUGAUGAUUCAGAACUGGAUAUUUAA